UUCCAGAACAAUCGAGAGAAUCUUCUUAGCGUCACGGCCUCCAGAAAGUUCUGCACUUCGGCGCCGUAUAAAUUGAGUGAGCUGUUGUUAAAUGAGAUAUUCUAGCUGACUGUUUGUCUGGUGCGUAGAACAAGGAAUUGUCAGGCUUUAUUGAAAAGGGAGCUGACGUGUGGUCGAGAUGGUUCGGGAAACCGGUUACUACGACCUUCUUGGCGUUAAACCGAAAGCCUCGUUGGAUGAAAUUAAGAAGGCGUACCGAAAACUUGCUUUGAAAUAUCACCCUGACAAGAACCCCAACGAAGGAGAGAAAUUCAAGCUGAUUUCUCAAGCCUAUGAGGUUCUGUCCGACCCAGAGAAGAGAGACUUGUAUGAUCAUGGAGGGGAACAAGCCAUCAAAGAAGGAGGGAUGGGAGGAGGAGCCUUUUCCUCCCCUAUGGACAUUUUUAACAUGUUUUUUGGGGGUGGUAGCAGAAUGCAGAGGGAAAGGAGAGGGAAGAAUGUUGUCCAUCAACUUCCCGUUACCCUGGAAGAGGUCUACAGUGGUGCAACCAGAAAACUGGGCCUUCAGAAGAAUGUAAUCUGUGAAAAAUGUGACGGUUAUGGAGGAAAGAAAGGAGCUUUGGAAAAGUGCUCAAACUGCAAAGGGAGGGGUGUAGAGAUCCAGGUACGGCAGAUUGGGCCGGGCAUGAUCCAGCAGAUGCAGAGCAUGUGUUCAGACUGCCAGGGCCGUGGCAAGAGGUUCAACUCUAAAGACCGGUGCAAGAACUGCAACGGUCAAAAAGUGGAACGCAAGAAAAAGAUACUGGAAGUCCACAUUGACAAAGGCAUGAAAGAUGGGCAGAAGAUUACAUUCAACGGAGAGGGUGACCAGGAGCCUGAGCUGGAACCUGGUGAUGUCAUAAUUGUCCUGGAGCAGAAGAAACAUCCAGUGUUCCAGAGACAGCAGGACAACCUCCUCAUGAAGAUGGAGAUCAAGCUGGUCGAAGCACUCUGUGGGUUCAAGAAGACUAUUCGCACAUUAGACGACAGAAUGCUCGUCAUUACCUCACCACCAGGGUGUGUAGUGAAGCACAAUGACAUCAAGUGUGUCCAAGAUGAAGGCAUGCCCUUGUACAGACACCCCUAUGAGAGAGGACAGCUCAUAAUUCAGUUCCUGGUGAAGUUCCCAGAGAAUGGCUGGCUCCCCAAAGACACACUCCCUCAGCUGGAAGCUCUGCUUCCCCCCAGAGAAGAGCUGAUGAUCUCUGACGACGCGGAGGAGGUUGAUCUGACUGACAUGGACGCACACUCCCAGCAAAGCAGACACAACACCGAGGUCUACGAGGACGACGAAAGCCCCAGUACCGGGGUGCAAUGCCAAACCCAGUGAACGUGACCCCUUCUCCUUGCAGUGAUUGGUGUAUCAAUUUGGGUACAUAUUUUACCGUGUGUAUGUGUGCGAGUCAUUUUAUGUUACCUGUUAAAAGUUUUCUUUCUGCUUCAUGGCAGUGGGUGUGAACAAAAUGGGCACAGUUUAUGUGAUUAGCAUUGUCCCCUCUUAGUUUGGUUAAAGGCAAUUAAACUGAAUGGAGAAUUUGUCGGCUAUGCUUUCUGUGAAGGCAACAACUUGUCGGGGUAUUGGAUGUUGUCUAGUGCAUUUCUGUCAUCUAGUGUGUUUCUUUACUCAAAUAAAUCCUUUUGUAUGCUA